GUGAUAGAUUACCAAAGCUUCGCGAAGUGUAAUAAUAGAUAUAUCGAUUUUAGUGCAUUAUGUCCGAGUGGAACAAUUGAAGAUAGGCAGUCAUGAGUGCGGUGUGAACCGAAAGAUGUCCAAAACUUUCAAACAGAACUUACCCAUUGUUUUGAAUUCGACCAUUCAUGUUGUUCCUGAAAAUACGAGGCAUGCUUUCUACUGGCUGAUCCUAGUAAUAACGAUAUUGGCAGUGAUAGGGAACGUACUUGCCAUUAGGUCAAUUAUUUUAAGAAAAUGCAAGUUUUUGCAGAAGACCUGUAUUAUUUCCUUAGCAAUGGCAGAUAUAUUUUCAGUAGUCAUAUUCGCCACAAACAAUUUGGAAACCCUAUCCCAAACUCUAAUCAUUUGGACGUUGGGAGAGUUUAUGUGUAACUUUAUCCCUAUGGGUCAAGUUCUAGGAACAACAGCUAGCUCAGUAGCUCUUUUGGUAAUAGCCCUAGACCGCUAUCAGAACGUCAUUUACGCUCUUGGAAGAAGAUGGGAUCCAAAACCAACGAUGUGCAUUCUGAUAGCUUCAGCACUUUGGAUUGUCUGCACAGUGAUCUCCUAUCCAAUGUAUAUAUAUUUCCAACACAAAUCUGUUAAUGUCGUUUAUGUGGAAGAGGAACCUGUGUUUGAAUUUGCUUACAUGUGUGUCGCUGUGGACAAAACCAGACUAACCGUGUACUACGUCACCAUGGCAGUCCUUAUAUUCCUGCCAAUCAUAGUAAUAUUCUUCUGGUUCUACUACAAGAUUGCUGCGCUAGUAUGGAAGCAUCGUAAGCCUUUGGCGCUGAGGUUCAACAAGUCAGACAGGCAAUCCGAACUCGAGGAAUCGUCCACAACAAAGUCUACCGACUUAUCGGCCAAUAACAGUAAAAACCUGAAGCUGAUAGUGAAGAAGGUGAAGAACGUUCAAGUGGAGAGGAAGAUAAGAACCUUCAAGAUAGUCUUGGUGCUGAUGAUCACUUUCAUAACUUGUAGGUUGCCCUAUUGGUGCUUCUACGUAAUCAAAUUGUUAAGUAUCUUGAAGGGCGAUUUGGUUUGGAACCUGAAUUUUGCUCUUACAGCCCUGAAUAUGAUCAAUAGCGUGCUAAAUCCAUUGCUGUACACAUUUUUGAGCCAGACCAUCCACGCUUGGAAGUUGAUCAAUGACUUUAUUUGUAAGAUAUGUUGCUGUUGCUUUUCAAACGCGGAGUUCGAGGAUUUCGAGAAGGAUAACCCUUUCGUGAGGGAGCAUCACGGCAGCAAGAAGCCUCAGGUUAUCAAGGAAUAUCCCAAGGACACCAGAAACCCCAAGGUCAAGUUUGCGGGGGCGGUACCUUUUGUAGAGUUGCAAAGCAGCCAAAGUAUUCAGAAAUAUUGAUGAAUUAGUAUUUUAAAUACAUGUAUGUUUAUAUUGUAAUAAUAUUUUAUAAUGAUUAUAUAAAAAUAACAUCAAAAUUUAUUAACAUUUUGAGCACAUUCAAGGAAAAACAUCAAGUGAUCUAGUCUUAUUGUGAUAUUUUAUAAAAUUCAGAAGUUUUGUUCAAAUUUAUUGAUAGUUUUUGUUUCGUUGUUGAAAGCUCGUCAUUACUAAAUCAAAGUCAUAUUAAUUGAACCAUACAAUGCAAUUAUUGUCAUCAUUAUAAAUAAAUAAUGUCUAUUUCUUUGGAUUCAAGUUUAACUUGUAACUAUUCAACCACAUCAGAUUUAAAUUUGUAAAUUCUUACUUACUCAAGAAUUCCUGACUUUCCAAAGUGUUGGUUUUGCUGCUCGCUAUUAAAUAAAAAUAUAGAGUUCACACAUCAAUUCCAUUAUCUGAUUUAUCUUGAUUCCGCUCACAGCAGCUACUGCUGAGAUUUUUGUGUAUAUAUGAUAAAGCGCAAAUAAAAAAUUAUCAGUUUA